CCGGCCAGUUAUAACCAAAAGCAUUGUUAACGCCACAUAUCUAUCUAAACCGGCCUUUUUAUUACUGCCCGGCCGCACCACAAAUAAACGCUAACUCUCUUCCCUUAGCUGUCAUCGUCUCUUACCGGCUAUGGGAGGCGCUAAUGGUGAAUCCGGCGGCGGGCAUAUUCCGGCGGCUUUUGAUCCUCCCAAGCGGACGACUAACAAAUACGCCAUAGCUGCUGCUUUUUUGGCCUCUUUAGCAUCAAUCUUACUUGGUUACGAUGUUGGUGUGAUGAGUGGUGCAGCUUUAUACAUAAAAGAGGACUUAAGAAUCUCCGAUGUUAAAGUGGAGAUACUUGUAGGAAUCAUAAAUUUAUAUUCGCUUGUCGGGUCGGGUUUAGCCGGCCGGACAUCGGACUGGAUAGGACGCCGGUACACAAUGGUAUUCGCCUCAGUUAUCUUCUUUGUUGGCGCCAUUUUAAUGGGCUUCGCCACCAACUACGCUUUCCUUAUGGUGGGUCGUUUCAUUGCCGGCAUCGGAGUCGGUUACGCGCUCAUGAUUGCGCCGGUUUACACCGCUGAGAUUGCUCCGGCGUCCGUCCGUGGCUUCCUCACUUCCUUCCCAGAAGUUUUCAUCAAUUUUGGUGUUUUGUUGGGCUACGUUUCAAAUUUUGCAUUCAAGAAUCUGGGGGCUCACUUGAGCUGGCGAUUCAUGCUCGGCGUCGGAGCAAUUCCGUCAGUCUUGCUCGGCGUUAGUGUGUUGACCAUGCCGGAGUCGCCACGAUGGCUAGUGAUGAAGGGCCGGCUAGGCGACGCCAGGCACGUCCUUCUCAAGACCUCCGACAGCCCGGAAGAAGCCCAUCAAAGACUCGCCGAAAUCAAAGAAGCCGCCGGUGUGCCGACAGAUUGCAAUGACGACGUCAUCACGGUGACGGCCAAUAAGUCCGGUGAUCAGAAGGGCGUGUGGAGGGAGCUUUUCGUCUCCUCGACGCCGGCAGUCCGCCACAUACUCCUCACCGGCGUCGGCAUCCAUUUCUUCCAACAAGCGAGCGGCAUCGACGCCGUCGUCCUGUACGGACCCAGGAUUUUCGAGAAGGCUGGUGUAACUUCUGACACCGACAAGCUGCUCUGCACCAUCGCCAUCGGUUUCACGAAGACCAUCUUCAUACUUGUGGCGACAUUCACGCUGGACAGAUUCGGCCGGCGCCCGUUACUCCUAACGAGCGUCGGCGGGAUGGUCAUCACCCAGUUGCUCCUCGGAACGGCGUUGACCGUGAUUGACCAUUCCGAGGAGAAGGUGACGUGGGCUCUGACCCUCGCCAUCAUGAUGACCUUAGCUUACGUGGCGGCCUUUUCGAUAGGAGCGGGCCCCAUCACGUGGGUGUACAGCUCGGAGAUUUUUCCGUUGAGGCUCCGGGCGACGGGUUGCAGUUUAAGCACCGGAAUCAACCGGGCAACAAGCGGCGUCAUUUCGAUGACUUUCAUAUCCUUGUACAACUCUAUCACUAUAGGUGGUUCAUUCUUCUUGUACGGUGGGAUCGCCGCCGUGGGGUGGUUGUUCAUCUUCACACUGAUGCCGGAGACCCAAGGAAGAACGCUGGAGGAAAUGGAGGCCUUGUUUGGGACAUUCUUUAGUUGGAGGUCAAAACUGAGGGAGAUCAAUGCAAGCAAGGCUAAAGACAGCAAUCUACAACUCCAAAUGACAAGAGUUGAGGGUGGUGAUGCUAAUAAGAAUUAAGUAGGUUUAGGUGAUUAAUUACAAUAGGAGUAAUUUUUAUGAGUGAUAAUGUAUUUGUAAAAGCUAAUGUAAUGCCAUCUUUAAUUAGUACUACAUCCAUGCAACGUGAAUAAAUUUCUUGUCUAAGCUCAUAUAAAAUUAUGUAGUGUUUGUAGAUCGAUGGGUAUAUACUUUUAACUUUUAAGUUUUCUUAAGAAGUUUUCACAAAUGUUAAGAUCUGGG